AUUGAUUCUGGAAUUAUUAGAAAUUUACACACAGCAAAAUCCAUGUACAUUGCCGAUAUCACCUGACCCCACCGUGCUUUCGUCAUCACCCCAAUCUCCGCUCCCUAGAGUCCCCGACUGACCCGAAGAUUCUCUCCACCUUAACCUUCCUUCUUCUACAACCCACACACACAAACCCAAAAACAAGCAAAAAUGGUUAAAGCAGUCGCCGUCCUCCGUGGAGACUCCAACGUCAAGGGAACCGUAACCUUCGAACAACCCUCCGAAUCCUCCCCCACAACAAUCACCUGGUCCAUCACCGGUAACGACCCCAACGCCCUCCGCGGCUUCCACGUCCACCAAUUCGGUGACCAAACGAACGGGUGUACCUCCGCUGGCCCGCAUUUCAACCCCAAGGGCGUCACGCACGGCGAUAGGGUCGCCGAGACGAGGCACGUUGGUGAUUUGGGUAACCUCAAGACCGAUGCGGAGGGCAAGGCGGAAGGGAGUGUGGAGGAUUCGUUGGUCAAGUUGAUUGGACCCGAGAGUGUUGUUGGCAGGACUGUUGUUGUGCAUGCUGGCACUGAUGAUUUGGGAAAGGGUGGUGUUGAGGAGUCUUUGAAGACUGGAAAUGCUGGUGGAAGGAAUGCUUGUGGUGUUAUUGGUAUUUGCUAA